AUCCGGUAGAAGGAGAUUAAGAUUAACUGGAUUUAAGAAGUGAUUUUGGUUAUGAUUGGUUGAGACUUUCUGGUCACUUUCCCUAUUUUUUUACUUCUUUUUUUAUGUUUAAAAGGAUCAUGUUGAUGGACCUUCCGGUUUGUUUGGUCAUUUCGUCUUCCGUUUUCAUCCAGUCAAGUUGAACACGUUUCCAUUUAUCACUUGGUCUUUUUUUGUAUCUCUUUCCAACUCUCUGUGAAAAUGAAUCUCUAUCAUUUUGUCCUUGUUAUUUUGUCAAUUUCUGCAGUUAAGGCUUCGUCUUGUCACCUACGGGAGUUGGACUAUUGUGCUGCAUCUCUUAUGGUCUUUGUCCAAAAUCAGGAUCCUCCAACAACCGAUGCUGGAAUCGAUCGACAUUGUCAGUUUAUUCGGGAGGCCAAUGAUUGUACCAGAAACUUUACCAACAAAUGUACCACUCCAAUGCAACGGGAAUUGAUUGAGUUCAUCAUCGUCGGUGGUAAAAGUGUCACUGAAGAUUUUUGUCGAUCGGGUUCUUCUCUUCGUGAAUAUUAUAAGCAGAACGCUCAAUGUUUGGUUCGAGCUCGAUCAGAAUCCAAACAUUGUUACAGAGAUUUACAAGUUGCUGUAGAGAAAAUUUCUUCAACCGAUUGGGAGAAUCGUCUCUCUUUGGGCUGUUGUGGCUUCAAUAGGUUCCAAAAAUGUACUGGGUCAAUCGUUAAAUCGCUUUGUGGUCAAGAUGUCGUCGAUUUGGGCCGAAAGAUAAUGCAUAUGAUCACAUCGAGAAUUCCGGAUAUUGUCUGUCAAUCUUUCCAAUCAACAAGUGAUCUUUGUGUUAACAUUUUACCAAAAUCUGGUUCACUUCCAUUGGGACAUAAUGCCGAGAGUCUCUUAGCUCGGUUUUUCUCAUCUUUUACCAAUUUUUAAAUUAGAUUUGAUUACAAUCAAUUUGAUAAGACAUAAUAAUAAACAAUAACUACUUGUUAUUUGCAUAGUAAUAAGAAAACAACAAAAAAAAUAAACAGCAUUUGAAAAUUGAUAA